AUGCCAAUCUCAGACCUCAUCCCCGCGGCCCUGAAGCCCAAACCCAAACGCGCCGCCCCCAAACCCCAACGAACAUCCUACACCUCCAAUGAGGUCCCCAUCCCGCCUGACUUCCUCUCCGUCCCCCUCCCGGCCUCCGCCCCCACCGUAACCCUUCAAAAACUAGACUGGUCCAAAACCGUCCUCCCCGAAAACGGGCCCUUGUAUGCCGUCGUCCUAGACAAUGUCCUCACGCCCGCCGAAUGCGCCCAGCUCCUCCGCAUGGCCGAGGCCUCCGCCACAGACCGCGGGCUGGACCCGGACAAGGACGAGCCGUGGCGACCCGCCAUGGUGAAUAUGGGUCCCGGGUGGGAGAUUCUGGAGCCCGAGUACCGGAAUAGUGAUCGUAUUAUCUGGGACCAGCAGGAGGUUGUCGAUCGGUUGUGGGGGCGGUGUAGGCUUGCGCCUGGGUUGGAAGCGCAGUUGGCUGGGAUGGAGGGGGUGAGGAGACCUGGGAAGGGGUUUGAGACGAGGUGGGUAUUCAAGAGGUUUAAUAAGCGGAUGAGGUUUUUGAAGUAUCAAAAGGGGCAGUUUUUCAGACCGCAUUGCGAUGGACCCUAUGGCGAAGAAGCGGAGGAUGGGACUGUGUUCCGGACGCAUUAUACCGUUCAUCUAUACCUCAACGACUCUGUCGCCGAGGCGGGUAAGGAUAGCGGUGCUGAUCUGGUUGGUGGCGCGACGUCGUUCUUGUCUGGGGAUGAGAAGAGGAAGGUUGAUGUUGAUCCCAAGGCGGGGCGGGUGCUCAUCUUUCAGCACAGUCGGCUCUAUCACUCUGGUGAUGAUGUUGUCAAGGGGACGAAGUAUACGAUGAGGACGGACAUUUUGUAUGAGUUGAUCAAGACCAAGAUCGAGGAUGAGGCGGAGGGGGAUGAGGCCGCGGCGGCUUAA